GAUUAACUAAAUGGAGGCCUAUAAAGCUCCUGUGUAAUCUGCACACUGCACACAAAUUCAGAGCACCAGCUACUGUCUUUGCUCACACUUUCAGACUGUUUUGGAGCCACAUGAACCACAUUUAGUUCAGCUUGCUGAGGCGUUUUACAGUUUUUGGAUUUAAAUCAGAUUCAGAGCAGCAGUUUUUGUUCAAAUCGGCAGUUUAGAGGAGCAAAAAAGAGAAAAUCAUGAAAAAAGAAAAGCAGGUGAGCAAUAACAAUGAGCCUCCCAGCUAUCAGGAAGCAACAGCAGGCUAUGAUGAGAUGGAGGCCCAGUUUUCCUGGGAUGACAAAACCAUCAGGCGGACUUUCAUCAGAAAGGUUUACGCCAUCCUCAUGCUUCAGCUGUUUGUCACCGUUGGAAUCGUCUGUCUCUUCACAUUUUGCGCACCUAUGAGGUUUUACAUUCAGACUCAUCCUGGUUUGUACAUGGCAUCUUAUAUGAUGUUUUUUGCCACCUACAUCGCUCUGUCCUGCUGUGGAAACUUGAGGAGGCAGUUUCCCUGGAAUGCCAUUCUGUUAGUUCUUUUUACUUUGAGCAUGGCCUUCAUGAUGGGGUUUGUGUCCAGCUUCUACAACACCAAAUCGGUGCUGCUGUGUCUGGGGAUCACAGCUCUGGUGUGUCUUUCCGUCACCAUCUUCAGCUUCCAGAGCAAAGUUGACGUCACAUCCUGCCAGGGGGUUCUGUUUUCUCUGUGCAUGGUCAUGCUUCUCUGUGCCAUCACCAUCUCCAUUGUCGUCCCAUUCGGUUAUGUUCCUUGGUUACAUGCUAUCUAUGCUGUGGUAGGAGCCAUCCUCUUUACCCUGUUCUUGGCUUUUGACACCCAGCUGCUGUUAGGAAACAAGCGAUAUGCUAUAAGCCCAGAGGAAUAUAUUUUUGCCACCCUCAGCCUCUACCUGGACAUUAUUUACCUGUUCAGCUUCCUGCUGCAGCUCACAGGAGGAGGCCGUGACUGAAGUGACUGUGCCACUGCUAAAUGUGGACUCCUAACAAACUCAACAACCAGCUUGAGUUGACCCCCUUAAGUACAAAGACACUCUUUACAAUCCCGAUGCUAGUUAUGUCAUUGUGCAGCCACACACCUGCCUAAUAUCAUUCAGUAUUUGUCUACUGCGUCCUGUCCAUCUCUGUUUAAACAUUGGUGAAAUGCUCCGCGAGAUCCACUUUGAACAUGUCGUCAUUCAGUGUCAGUAGACCCAGAAGUGGAUCAGAGCAUCUACAAAAAGAGUUGGGAACAAUCAGCAUCAUUGAGCCAUAAAACUGAGAUUCAGGAACUCUGCAGUUUCAAAGUCAGCAGAGUUGAGUUUGCUAAAUAAAAAAGAUUAAAAAAAACAAAGCAUUAAAUAACUUUUUUACUUUUCAGUGUUUUGCAAGCGUGUACUGUAUUUGUCCAAGACAUUCUUAAACAAACUUUUUGGGGGUAAAUAUUUGAUAUGUGAAACCUGAACUUGGAUAUUUCCACUGACUUAAAGUGAACAUUGAUCACAAAGGGAAAUUAUACACAGAGCAGGAUGCAGUACAUUUAUGUUAUUAGAGAUUUAUUUAAAUGUCUUUUGUGGAUUGAUUGUGGCCUUGUAGGCGUGGUAGAAAAAUGAUUUCACAUUAACAAGUUUUCCGUGCACUAGAAACGUUGUGAGACAGUUAUUUACUUUUAAGACAAACAGCUAUGUACAUUUAUUUCUGACACUGCAAUUAAAGUGACUUGUG